AUGGCGGGCGACGGACGUGCUCCCACCGGCCGCCGCGUCGUGAUGUUCCCGUUCCCGUUCGGGAGCCACAUCACGCAGAUGCUCCAGCUCGGGGAGCUCCUCCGCGCGCGGGGGCUGGGCGUCACCGUGCUCCACACCGACUUCAACGCGCCGGACCCGACGUGCCACCCGGAGAUCACCUUCGUGUCCAUCCGCGAGUCCCUCCGCGCCGACGUUGUCGCCAGCCCCGACAUGGUGGAGCAGAUGAUCGGGCUCAACGCCGCCUGCGAGGCGCCGUUCCAAGCGGCCCUCGCCGAGGAGCUGCUGGUGCGCCGUACUACUACCGGUGGCCAGCAGGGGCCGCGCGAGGUCGCCUGCGUGGUGGUCGACGGGCAGUGGUACAAGAUGCUGGGCGCGGCCACGCGUGUCGCCGUCCCCGCGCUCGCGCUGCGCGCCGACGGCGCUGCCACGUUCCUCAGCAUGCUCGACACCCCGCGCCUCGUCGCUGACGGCUACCUCCCCAUCAAAGGCACGUUCUUCGAUCUCCGUGGAAGACACUCUGUAAUCUUGUGCCACCGACUGCGGCUGGACGAGGUGGUGCCGGGCCUGGAGCCGCUCCGCGUGCGCGACCUGAUCCGCAUGGACGGCAGCGACGACGAGACGGUGCUCCGUUUCAUCACCUCCAACGCCGAGGCCGUGCGGGCGUCGUCGGCGGGCGUGGUGCUGAACACAUUCGAGGGCAUCGAGGGCCGCGAGCUGGCCAAGAUCCGGCGCGAGCUGUCCGGCCGCCCGGCCAUCGCGGUGGGGCCGCUGCACCUGCAGGCGUCCCCGGCGGCAGCCGUGGGGGCCGGGCGAGGGCAGUUCCAGCACGCACCGGACUGCAGCUGCCUGGCGUGGCUGGCCGCGCGGCCGCCGCGCUCCGUGCUGUACGUCAGCAUGGGCAGCAUGGCGCGCGUGGACCGCGCCGUGUUCGAGGAGACGGCGUGGGCGCUGGCGGCCAGCGGCGUGCCGUUCCUGUGGGUCCUCCGCCGUGGCUCCGUCGUCCGUGGCGGCGCCGGCGCGGACGCAGACGCGGAGGACGAGGUGCCUCCGGUCCCGGAGGAGCUCCGCGAGACGGUGAGGCACAGGGGCAAGAUCGUGGCGUGGGCUCCGCAGAGGGAGGUCCUGGCGCACCCGGCGGUGGGUGGGUUCUGGACGCACUGCGGCUGGAACUCCAUGGUGGAGGCCAUCUCCGAGGGGGUGCCCAUGCUCGUGCAGCCGUGCUUCGCGGAGCAGAUCGUGAACGCGAGGUACGUGACGCACCAGUGGGGCGUCGGGUUCGAGGUCGGGAAGCCGCUCGAGAGGACAGCCAUGGCGAGGAUGAUCAGAAGGCUGAUGGCUGGGGAACUGGGCCCGCAUCAGGGGCCGAGGGAGAGGUCUCGGCUUCUGAUGACGCAGGCGAAGCAGUGUGUUGCUGAGGGAGGAGCAGCUAGUUUGGCUCUCGAUGGUCUGGUGGAGUACAUUUCCUCGCUUUGA